AUGAGUUUUAAAGAUAAAGUUGUUGUAGUGACCGGUUCCAGUUCAGGCAUCGGCGCAUCCACUGUCAUCGAGUUCGCUAAAGAGGGGGCUCACGUCGUCAUAGUGGGAAGGAACGAGACUAAGCUUGACGAUGUAUGUAAAAAAUGCGAAAAGUACGGCAAGAAGCCUCUUGUCAUUAAAGCGGACGUAUCAAAGGACGCUGACGGCAAGAAAAUCGUGGACGAAACUAUAGAGAAGUUUGGAAGGAUCGACGUGUUGGUCAACAAUGCUGGGAUAAGUGAACUAGUUGACAUUACCAGUGAAAACUUUAUGGAAGGCUACGACCGCAUCAUUAACGUGAAUCUGCGUGGAGUGGUGUACAUAACCCAUCAAGCUAUACCGCACCUAAUCAAAUCGAAAGGGAAUAUCAUUAACAUAUCUAGUGUGGCUGGUGUUAAUACCGUUGGAAUACCUGAUUUCAUAGCGUACGGUAUGUCAAAGGCAGGCCUUAAUCAUUUCACCCGGUGCGUUGCACUGAAACUAGCCAGAUACGGUGUCAGGGUUAACACCAUCAGUCCAGGGCCAGUUCGGACAGACAUUAUUAAUCAUCCCACCAUGGAAUCUGUUACGUGGGAAAAAUUAGGCGAAAUGACUGCCUUGAAACGUGUAAGUGACCCUGUAGAAAUAGCAGAUUUGAUCUUAUUCUUAUCAAGUGACAAAGCAAGAGGCAUCACAGGUUCCAGUUUUAUAUCGGACAACGGUGCAAUGAUCACAAAC